CCACCAAGAGCCACUGACCAAAGUGACAGGCAUGGCGCGCCGAGCUCCUGCACGCAAGGGCAAGAAGGCCGCAUCGACUGCCAGCAAACCCACAACCAAGCGCAAAGGCUCUAAAUCUCGUGCAUCCAAGGACGUUUUCAGCGAUGAUGAGGAACAGGCAGCGCACGAGGAGCGCACCAUGAACGCCCGUGCCGAUGUGGACGAAGUGUUUGAGUACGAGGAGCCCACAUUUGACCAGGAAGACUCGGAAGUGGACGAGGAUGAGGCGUUCAACAGUGAUGAUGAGGCUGAAUACGGAAUGUUCUUCAAUAAGAAAGAGAAGGAGCAAGAAGAAGACGAGGAAGAGGGAGGAGACCUCCUCUCGGACCUUUUAGGCACAACACCAGCUACUCGUCUCUCCACUGCCAGUGACGAUGAAGAAAAUGAAGAAGACAAGAUCAAAAACUUAGGAGAAAUGGUUGAUUCUCUUGUAGAGAAGAAGAGCAAGAAGAAGCUCGAAGAGAUCGACUCCCAAUUCGCCAGUGAAUCCGCAGAAGGAGAACUGACUCUAGGCAGUCUCUUGGGCGCUCAAACACUCAAGCCUGGAGCGGAGGGCGCAGAGGAGGAAGAAGCGGACGAGAAAACUAAGACUGGACUCGAUCUGCGACGUGUGAGGCAGCAAGUUCGUGAACUGGAGGGUGACGGCACGACGCUGACGCUUCAGGCCAAUAGAGAACCUGUACACGAUGCCCGGGCUCAACGCAAACUCGCAUACUCAGAGAAGAGCAAGGAAGUGGACAUUUUUGAGCCCGUGGUGCGUCGUAACAGGAACAAGGAGACGCUGGAUCUCCGUAUACAGGCUCCGAAGCUCGAGAAGCUCACGCCAGCUGCUUUAGCCAGCAAGUUUGUGGCCCAAACCGACUUGGAGAAGAGCGUGGCAGCCUUGCUACAGGCUGGAGACUUGAGUGACAAGAAAUUGGCUCAAGACGAGGAAGAAGAGCUGGCUCGUAAGCGUGUAUCGACCGAGGAAGUGGCUGCGCGACAGAAGGAGCUGGCCAAGCUGCGCUCGCUGUUGUUUUAUGAGGAGCAAAAGAAGAAACGUGUCAAGAAAAUUAAGAGCAAACUCUACCACAAGAUCCGCAAUGCGCAGGACAAGAAGGCGGUGGCCAAGCAGAAGGAGGAACUGCGAGCGCUGGACCCGGAAUUGGCUCGUAAGCUGGACGAGGAACUGGCUGAGAAGCGCGCUGAGGAGCGUCUUACACUCAAGCAUCGCAACACCAGCAAGUGGGUCAAGCACCAGCUUCGUCGUGGUAUCCAGGCGGAUGACGCGACGCGCAGUGCGAUCGCCGACCAACUUCGUCGUGGUGAAGAACUGCGGCGUAAGAUGAACGCGGUGGACAGUGACGACGAUAUGGAUGACGACGACGACGACGAGGAAGGCGAUGCGGCUUCUAGACUGCAGAAGCGGCUGGAGAAACAGGCCAGUGCUUUGGUGACGGAGAUCGACGAGGACUCUGCUGAAGCAGGCAAGAAACGCGGUCUACAGGGCAUGAAAUUCAUGCAACGUGCAGCGGAGAAGCAGAGAGAGAAGGCGCGUGUGGAAGCAGAGAAGCUCCUGCGUGAGAUCCGUACAGGUGAAGGUGCUGAUGGAGACCGUGUGUUGUCGGACGGGGAGGAUUAUCUCAGCUCAAGUGACGAGGCUGAGAAGAAAAGCAAGAAGACAAAGAAGAAGGUGGUGGUCACAGAACAGGACAAGACUGCGGUGGAUCGUGCUCUUUCGGGUGCGCUUCAGACGGCUAACGUGAGUAUGAGUGGUGGUGUAUCGGCUCGUGCUUCGGGUGCGAUUUCUAUUGACCUUGGAGAGGGAGGCAGUGGCGUUAAGCUGACGAAUGACAAGAAACAGAGCAAGGAACUGGAGCUUGGUGCUAAGGAGAAGGCUGUUGAGACGCAAGCAAAGACUGACACUGAAGACGCUGACAUGGAGUCUGCAGAGGGCGAAGAGAACCCGUGGCUGUCGAGUACAGCUAUCAAGAGUAAACGCAACAAGAGGAACAAGAAGAAGAACCUGAACAAGGGUGCACAGGCGGACGUUGCUGCUGCAAUUGAGUCUCUCGCUCAAGACACGAAGGAACCAAGUAAAGACUCAGCUAUCGCUACUCUUACCAACUCAAAGAACAGCAAGAAGCGGAAACUGGACCAAUCCAAGACCGAGACUAAAGAACCUGAGACUUCAACUGGUAAGAAGAAGAAAAAAGCCAAGAAAAAUGCUAAAUCUACCGACCAGGACGAGCUCGUACGUCGUGCGUUCGAGUUUGUGGCCGACGAGGAGGAUGAGCUUGCUGUGGAGAAGGAUCGGCUGGCGAGUCAGGAUGCUGAUGCCAAGAAGGGCGCAGAGAUCGCCAAGCUCGUGGGAAUGUCUGGAUGGGGCAGCUGGGCUGGCGAUGGCGUUCGUGUGUCCAAGCGCCAGAUUGCGCGUGAACAACAAGCCAAGGAAAUCGCUCGUGAGGCGAAACAGAAAGCUCUGGCCGGUCGUAAGGAUGCUCGUCUUGAACGAGUACUGAUCAACGAGAAGAAGGACAAGAAGGCGGCCAAAUAUACGGUCAAGGACGUGCCGUACCCCUUCACAUCUCGUGAAGAGUACGAGGCUGCGAUGCGUAACCCUCUGGGUAGCGACUGGAACACUUCACAGGUGACGAACGUGUUGACGGCUCCCAAGAUCAUGAAGCACGCUGGUACGGCCAUUGCGCCGCUUGUGCUGUCUAAGGAGGACCGCAAACAAGCCAAGAAGGAGCUGAGCUUGAAGCGCAAGGCUAAGUUCUAAGGAAUAGAGUUUGCAUUUUUUGUUUACAUGUAUGAACAUGUUAUGUCUUUCAUAAUUAACGCCAGCUGGUAU